AUGGCGAUCGCUGCCGUGCUCUCUAUUUUGCAGACCAGCGUAAUCGAGUAUCCAUACCACUCCCUCACAGCAGCCGCUGUCCUCGUUCCGAUCCUCUAUGUCAUUUUCAAUGAAUUCGUGCGCUCUGCAGCCCGUGUCAAGGGUAUGAAAGGGCCUACUGGAUGGCCAUUGAUUGGAAACUUGUGGCAUAUCCGUACGAACGCCGCCGAGCAGUAUCGGAUUUGGUCAAAGACCCAUGGCGCCGUGUAUCAGAUCCAGCUGGGGAAUAUCCCUGUUGUGAUUGUGAACUCUGCUGCGUCGGCGAAGGUGCUGUUUGGUCAGAAUGCCCAAGCACUCAGUUCCAGGCCGGAGUUUUAUACUUUUCAUAAGAUUGUUUCCAACACCGCCGGUACAACCAUUGGAACCUCACCGUACAGUGAGUCCUUGAAGAGACGCAGGAAGGGCGCCGCAUCGGCUCUUAAUCGGCCUUCCGUCGAAACGUAUGUCUCGCACUUGGAUGUCGAGUCCAAAGCUUUUGUGGAAGAAUUGUAUCGUUAUGGAAAUCAUGGAAAGACCCCGGUCGACCCUAUGCCGAUGAUCCAGCGACUGAGUCUGAGUUUGGCAUUGACACUGAAUUGGGGUGUGCGCGUUGCAUCCCAGGAAGAGGAUCUGUUCGAUGAGAUCACCCAUGUCGAAGAGGAGAUCAGCCGGUUCCGAAGUACCACCGGAAACCUGCAGGACUAUAUUCCUCUGUUGAGGUUGAAUCCUUUCAGCUCCAACUCGAAGAAGGCUGCCGAGAUGCGGAUUCGUCGUGAUCGGUAUCUUACAGCGCUGAACCGGGACUUGGAUGAUCGGAUGGCGAAGGGCACACAUAAGCCUUGUAUUCAGGCCAAUGUUAUCCUUGAUAAGGAAGCCAAGCUCAACAACGAGGAGUUAACUUCCAUCAGCUUGACUAUGCUUUCGGGAGGUCUGGAUACGGUUACCACGCUGGUCGCUUGGAGUCUUGGAUUAUUGGCUCAACGUCCUGAUAUUCAGGAUCGGGCGGCCAAGGCUAUACAGGAGAUGUAUGGUCAGGAUGAGCCCAUGUGUUCUGUAGAUGACGAUCAAAGGUGUGCGUAUAUUGCCGCCCUAGUCAAGGAAUGUCUUCGUUUCUUCACUGUACUGCGAUUGGCACUUCCUCGCACCUCGAUCAGGGAUAUCACCUACAACGGUAUCGUCAUCCCCAAGGGCACCGUCUUCUUUUUGAAUGCUUGGGCCUGCAACAUGGAUCCGGACGUGUGGACUGACCCGGAUGAGUUCCGUCCCGAUCGCUGGCUCGAAAAACCUGAUGCACCGCUCUUUACCUAUGGCAUGGGCUACCGUAUGUGUGCCGGGUCCUUGCUAGCCAAUCGUGAGCUCUACCUCGUCUUCAUCAGGACCCUCAAUAGCUUCCGUCUCGAGCCUCAUGACAAAACCGACUGUCAUCCGAUCCGGGGUAACUCGGACCCGAGCAGCUUGGUCGCCAUUCCUGAACGCUACAAGAUCCGAUUCGUACCGAAGAAUGAGAAAGCUUUGUGGAAAGUUCUUGCGCAAUGA